AUGCGAGUCCACAUUCCAUUGCUUUUUGCAGCAGUUGCAAUCACGCAUGCUACCAAAGCCGAGCCAGCAAUUUUAGUCGGUGUGACCACGAAUAAAUCAAUCACCGAGUCAAGCUCUACUGCGGCUAGAGAGAAAGGCGACGAGAUGACGAAUGCGAACGUUUUGGUAAAAGAGGUUGUUGCCGAAGAGAAGACAAGAAGAACUAUUGCCACUGGGAGUCCGACUAAACCCUCUGAAGAGUCAACCUAUACUGCGGGUAGAGACGACGGCGAAAGGAUGUUAGAGAGACUCAGCGAAAUGGUCGAUAAGGUAAAGGAUGCAGUAAGUUCUAAGGUGGGCAAUAAGGAUCAAUUUUCUUACAAGAUGGACAAGUUAGGCAAAAUGAUUAUGUCUGUCAAAGAGUCUUCGAGUAAGUCCGUAAAAGAGCCAUCGAGUAAGCCCGUGGAAGAGUUAUCGAGUAAGUCAGUACUGUAUGCUGUUAAGCGAGUGGAGAAUGGUUUGUUUCUUUACUGGAACAAAAAAGCGCAACCACUCAAUAAAGCUUUUGAGCUUCUGAAGCUGAAUCCCAAGAUGACGCCUGCAGAGCUGUUCGGAAACCCUUCAUUUCGUUGGUGGAUUGAUUAUUCGGAUUUUCUCUUCAAGCAAGUCGCGCGUAAUAAGAAAACAGGAGAAUUUUUGAUGGAAGUGUUCAAGUUCAAGCCUUCAACUAAUCUUGCUUGGCUAAGACAUGCACGAGAAGAAGAAAGUACGAAAGAGCUAGCUAACAGGGUGUGGACCAAUCUGUUAAGGGAACAUUUACACGGUGAUACCAACCCGGAAAUAAUCGAGACAAAGCUAAUGAUACCGCCAAAAUCAUUCCACGACGAUAAAGAUUUAAAAAAUUACGAACUUCUGUACGAUAAAAGAGAAAAGGACGCUGAGAAAAAGAAAAGUGACUACGAAGUUGAGAAAAUGAAUAAGAAGUUGCGAGAAGAAAAGCGAAAGAAAUUAAACUCAGAAGAGACAAAGAGAUUGGAGCAAGAAAUGAUAACAAAGAGGGAGGAAGAUUAG